AUGUAUUUCUCUCUAGUUUCUUUCCUACAUCCAGCUUUUCUCUUUCAUUUUUUUCCUUACUCCCAUUUUGUCCUGUUGUUUUCUCUCUCCCAGUUAUCUUGUUCCAUUGCCUCGUUGUGUUCUGUUUUUUCCUUCUUUGUUUUUUCCUUUUUUUGUUUUUUCCUUUUGCUCUCUGUUUUUCUUUGUUUUUCUCUCUUUGUUUCAGUUAUUUUGUUUUUCUGUUUUUUCCAUUGCCUUUUUUUUUUUUCUGUUCUUUUUUUUUUUGUUCUUCUUUUCUGUUUUUUUUUUUUUUUUUUUUUUUUCUUCCCUUUGUUUUUCUGUUUUUUUUCUUUUUUUCUGUUUUUUUCCCCUUUGUUUUCUUUUUCUUUUCUUCUUGUUUUCUGUUUUUUUUUUUUGUUUUCUGUUUUUUUUUUUGUUUUCUGUUUUUCUUUUUUGUUUUCGUUUUUUUCUUUCCUGUUUUUUCUGUUUUUUUUCCCCUUUUCUUUCCUUUUGUUUUCUUUUUUCUUUCCUCUUUUUUUUUCUUUUUUCUUUUUUUUUUCUGUUUUUUCUUUCUCUUUGUUUUCUUCUUUUGCCUUUUGUUUUUUUCUUCUUUCUUUUCUUUUUUUCCUUUUUGUUCUUCUAUUUUCUGUUUUUUUUCUUCCCCUUUGUUUUCUGUUUUUUCUUCCCCUUUGUUUUCUGUUUUUUCUUCCCCUUUGUUUUCUGUUUUUUCCUCUUGUUUUUUUCUGUUUUUCUUUCCUCUUUGUUUUCUGUUUUUUCUUUCCUCUUUGUUUUCUGUUUUUUCUUUCCUCUUUGUUUUCUGUUUUUUCUUUCCUCUUUGUUUUCUGUUUUUUCUUUCCUCUUUGUUUUCUGUUUUUUUCUUUUUGUUUUCCUUCUUUUUGUUUUCUUUUUUUUGUUUUUUGUUUUUCCUUCUUUGUUUUCUGUUUUUUUUUUCUGUUUUUUCUUUCUUUUUUCUGUUUUUUCUUUCUCUUUUUUCUGUUUUUUCUUUUCUUUGUUUUUUCUUUCCUCUUUGUUUUCUGUUUUUUUUCUCUUGUUUUCUCUUUUUUUUCUGUUUUUUUUUCUUUCCCUUUUGUUUUCUUUUUUUUUCUGUUUUUUUUUUUCUUCCCUCUUUGUUUUCUUUUUUUUCUUCUUUCUUUUUUUCUGUUUUUUUUCUUCUUUUUUUUUCUUCUUCCUCUUUGUUUUCUGUUUUUUUCUUCUUCUUUGUUUUCUGUUUUUUCUUUUUUUUUUCUUUUUUUCUUUGUUUUCUGUUUUUUUUUUUUCUUCUUUUGUUUUCUUUUUUUUUCUUUUUUUUUCUGUUUUUCUUCUUCCUCUUUGUUUUCUGUUUUUUCUUCUUCCUCUUUGUUUUCUGUUUUUUUCUUCUUCCUCUUUGUUUUCUGUUUUUUUCUUCUUCUUCCUCUUUGUUUUCUGUUUUUUUCUUCUUCUUCCUCUUUGUUUUCUGUUUUUUUUCUUCUUCCUCUUUGUUUUCUGUUUUUUUCUUCUUCUUUUUUCAGUUUAUUUACUAACCCUCUUGUUUUUCUCUUUUCUGCCACCCCCCCUCUUUUUCUCCCCCGUUCACAUGAUUUUAACUAUUUUAUUCUCCAACCUUCUUUAGAAAAUUUCAAAAUAUCUUUAAAUAUAAGCAAUACAUCAACUUGA